UGUUGGUCAGACACGUAAGUGCUUUUAGGUCUCUCUCUCUUCUCGGUCUCUCUUUCUCUCCCGACAACUGCCGGAAUGGAGACGAGCACCGGAGAUCUACCGGAAAUCGUUCGGGAGCUGGAGGAGUUAAAGGCAAGCAAAGCCGACAUCGAGCGGCGAAUUUCGACCCUCGAAGCGCAGCUCCGGGAGACGGCGGUUGCGGACGCCGUAUCUAACGGUCACUGUUGUCCCACGUUGUCGGCGGUUGAUUCCGACCUCGUCCAUGGCUUGUCUCCGGACCAGAUUUACCGUUACAGUCGUCAUCUGCUGCUCCCUUCAUUUGGAGUUCAAGGGCAGUCAAACCUCUUGAAGUCUUCGAUAUUAGUUGUCGGAGCUGGAGGGCUGGGUUCACCAGCCUUACUGUAUCUUGCAGCAUGUGGCGUGGGCCGACUGGGUAUUAUUGAUCAUGAUGUUGUGGAGCUCAAUAAUAUGCACCGGCAGGUUAUCCAUACCGAACGAUUUAUUGGUCUGCCCAAAGUAAAAUCUGCUGCUGCUGCAUGUCGCUCCAUAAACUCCACAAUUAAAAUCGUUGAACAUGUGGAAGCUCUGUCCACAUCCAAUGCUUUGGAAGUCUUCAGCCAAUACGACAUCAUAGUUGACGCAACCGACAAUCCUCCGAGCCGUUACAUGAUCAGUGAUUGCUGUGUGCUGUUGGGAAAGCCUCUGGUGUCAGGUGCUGCACUUGGAAUGGAAGGACAGCUUACUGUCUAUAAUUACAAUGGAGGCCCAUGUUACAGGUGCAUGUUUCCAACCCCGCCGCCUUCUAUGGCGUGCCAGAGAUGUGCUGAUAGCGGAGUUCUUGGAGUAGUUCCUGGAGUUAUUGGCACUCUCCAAGCACUAGAGGCAAUCAAAAUAGCAAGUGUUAUCGGUGAACCACUCUCUGGACGGAUGCUUCUUUUCGAUGCAUUGUCUGGAAGGAUCCGCAUUGUCAAGAUCAGAGGCAGGUCGGCCCAGUGUACUGUUUGUGGAGACGAUUCUGCUUUCGACAAGCAGUAUUUCAAGGGUUUCGACUAUGCAGAGUUCACCCAAUUCCCUCUAUUUGUGGGACCGUUGAAGUUAAACCUGCUUCCUGCAGAGUCAAGAGUGAGCAGUAAAGAGUUCGGAGAGAUUGUUCAAAGGGGUGAACCGCACUUACUAAUCGACGUUAGACCCUCUCAUCACUACAAGAUCAUCUCUCUUCCGGGAUCACUCAACAUACCUCUUGCAAACUUAGAGGGUCGGUUGCACGAGCUCACUUCAGCGCUGGAAGAAAAGGCUGGUGAGGUUAAGACCGGGUCUGGCAUGGGUCCGGGUCUCUACGUCAUUUGCAGACGUGGAAACGAUUCACAGAGAGCCGUGCAAUAUCUCCGUGAAGCGGGUUUUGACUCGGCUAAGGACAUCGUAGGAGGUCUGGAGUCAUGGUCGGCCGAUGUUGAUCCCAACUUCCCGACCUACUAGAAAGAGAGAAGUGCGUCAAGAUUGCAGCGUGGAAAUCAAUGCUUGGCCGAUCAAAGCUCCACCUCUGUGUUAUGUCACCCCAAACAGAGGAAACGGAAUGAAUGUAAGGAACAAGGAUGAUGAGACUGAAUCUGUGCCAAGUACUUGUGCCUUUUUAUUAUGUUGUAUAUAGCGAUGGCAAAAUUAUCGUAAAGUGUAUCUGCGGAUAUCCGAUUUUAUGGUAUUCGUCUUAAUUGAAAUUCGAAUCCGAAUCUAAA